AUGGACCGUGGACAUCGCUUAGGCCCGGAGGCGACAGCACUUGCGCAGUCCAUGUACCGCAUGGUGACACGCUUCAUCGCCGAGCAUGUGCCUGACCAGAAACAUUUGUGCUUGAGCCUCCUCUCAGGCAAGCUCGAGGCAUCACCUUUUGCCGGGGAUAAGAUUCAGGGCCUUCGUGCAAGCUGGGCCGAGCUUCUGGGUGCCGAGCAAGGAAGUGAUGUUUUAGAGAUCCCAGAGGCCCAACCUUUCCUUCUGAAAGCCCUGUCCAAGACCGCUGAGCGCUUGUGUGAUCCAGAUUGGGAAAUACUCACAGAGGGCGCUGAUUGCUUUUGCACCGGGGUUCCCUUGGGUUUCAAGGUUGACUUGCCACACCUGCCGCAGGUCUAUGAACGUAAGAGCCAGUGGCGUAAGCUUGAUGAGUCUGAGCUUGAACUUGACAGGGUUAAUUAUAAGAGUGCUGAGAUGAGUUCAGCCGAGCUGCUUGAAAAGUUCCGGGCUGAGGAAAAGUUGGGACGCAUGAAGCCCACUACCAUGGGGGCCCUGCGUGCCGAGUAUGAGGAAGACAUGAUCCGCGUGGCUUCGAUGGGCGCCAUAGCCAAGCCGGAUGGGAGCGUGAGGCCAUUGCACGACGGAACACACGGAGUGCAGGUGAACAAUCAUAUCCACCUUGUAAAUCAGCUUGCUGUGCCCGGACCGGCCGAGAUGGCAUUCUCGGUGCGGCAGUCCGGGGCGAUGCUGGAGGUGCUGUAUGGCAUCAUAGGCCGGGUCGUGGCACGGUGCCUGCUGCAGCACGCAUUCUUCCACUUCGCAUACGUCGAUGAUGUGCACCCGACCUUCUAUGGUCGGCGCAUGUAUACCAACUUCUUAGUUUGGUUGAUCUUGCAGGAGAUGAUAGGAGUCCCGUUUGCAUACCAUAAGUUUAAGGGAAAGACCUUGGUUGCAUUCAUCGGGUAUGAGUUGGAUUAUGGCUCCAAGCUGAUUGGACUGAGCGAGGCACGUGGAACCUGGGUGAAAG